UCAAGCCGCACUUAAAAACCCACAUAUACACGUAUUUAUGAACUCCACGCAACAAUGAUCCAUGAACAUUGCUUAAAAUUAUAAUGAAUGUUGCGCACAAUUGUAAUAACUCCCCAAUAAUACAUAGAGGCUCGGCUCAGUUCAUCUCAUGGGUGAUCUUAGCCAAGAACCACAACUCGUUUCACCGGCGGCGGCGGCGGCUCCUCCUCCUCCUCCCACUCCAUUCUUCGGCGUUCCAAGGCAUUCUCACGCCGCCAGUUUCCCCAUCACGGCCGUCGCCAUUAUCGGAAUUAUAGCCACCGGCUUCCUGCUACUCAGCUACUACAUCUUUGUGAUCAAGUGCUGUCUCAACUGGCACAGAAUUGAUCUUCUCAGGCGAUUUUCCGUUUCCAGAAGGCGCCGUGUCGUCGACGACCCUUUCUCGGUGUACUCCCCGGCGGGGGAAAUCCGGCGAGGGCUCGACGAAUCCACGAUCCGAUCGAUCCCGGUUUUGCAGUACAAGAAAGGGUCAGACAGCAGGGAAUGCUGCGUUUGUUUAAAUGAAUUUCAAGAAGGUGAAAAGGUGAGAGUUAUACCAAACUGUGGCCACCCUUUCCACAUUGAUUGCAUUGACGUUUGGCUUCAAAACAACCCAAAUUGCCCACUUUGCAGAAACCCAAUUUCUGCACCCAAAGAUCCAUUUUUCUCAGACAGGGAUGAAGACUAUGUUGUCAUUGAAAUUGGGCAGGAUAAUGGUAUAUUUGGUACCUGUAAUAUUAUUCCAGGCGAGCUAUCACCGACUCUAUCCAUUAGCCCAUCUCCCAUCCCGAAAUUUCCAGAAAAAGCGUUGAAAUUACACAGCCAAAGCUUGGGGGAUGAGUGCAUUGAUAUCUGCAGAGAAAAGGACGAGCGGUUUGCAGUUGAGCCCAUUAGGAGAUCUCUGUCAAUGAGCUCCGCCGUGGACCGCCGGCAGCUAGCGAGCCAAAACACCGUUCAGCGGCAAAGGCUCAACCGGGCCGAGGUUAGUAGUAGUGAAGGUAGCAGUAGCAGACCUAAAAAGUUAUGUUUCUCCUUUGGACAUAGAAGGGGAUCAAGAAGCUCUGUUAUACCAGUUCACUUGGAGCCUUGAUGCAUAGUGUAAUUAAUAUAUAUAUAAUUUUUAUAUAGUGGAUCUUAGUAUUUGAUCCUACUUAAUGAGACUAAUUCAAUAGAGUUUGGGUCGGGUCUCAUUUGAACUCGAAAGUUUUC